GAGCAGUCAUGUUUACUGAUUCUAUAUAACACAUAGACCGAUACGUAGUUGCGGGGAAAGAGAAAUCGAAUCAUGGCUGAUGCAUUCAAGAAUGUCAUUGCUCAAAGUCUGGAGUGUCCUGUAUGUCUGAAUACCUUCACCGAUCCGAAGAUCCUGUCUUGUUCGCACACCUACUGCAAGGCCUGUCUGAACAAUCUCUUGGAAUGCGUGCAUGGUAACGACCAGAUGCUACGAUGCCCUGUCUGCAGAGCUGAAACCCAGGUGCUAAACCAAGAUGUCAGCAAAUUACCGACAAAUCUAGCUUUGAAGUCUCUCAUAGAGGAUGUGAAGAAUCAACAUCAGUUUUGCACGAAUUGUAAAUCCGAGGACAAACCCCAAGCUGUUGUCUACUGUCAAGACUGUGGCAUGUAUCUCUGUAUCACUUGCCACAAUGCACACUCUCUUUGGCAAAACUUCAUCAGUCACGAGGUCUUAGCCAUUAGUGAGAUCGUAUCAGGGAAGGUGUCAGUGCGUAGAUACCGUAAAUGCAAGAAACACCCCAAAGAGGAUGAGGAGUGCUUCUGUUCCGACUGCAGGAGAUUUGCCUGCUUCAGGUGUGUUGUCAUGCAGCAUAAAGACGAAGGACAUCGGGUCAUCGAGGCAGCUGCUUAUGAAAGCAGCCAUAUGAAGAGUGUCGAGGACCUCAAAUCCAAGGCGGACAAAAAACGCUCUUUCCUUCAGAAAUAUGUUGAUUUCAUUGAUGAACAGAAGGAGCGUGUGAGCAAUGUUCAGACGCAGUGUACAGAUGAUAUCAACAAAGCAUAUGAAGAAUCGGUCCGGCAGCUGACAGAACAGAAAGAUAUCCUCAUUGUUCAAGUCAAGGUUAGGACCGAAGGAGUAGAGAAAGAACUGGACGAAAUGAAGAAAUCAGCUCAGGAGCACAUCACUCACUUGACCAACAUAGCUGACGUGGUAACCAAUAGGACAAAGAUACCGUUUGAUAUGAAUGCUUUGGCUGCACACGACAAUCUACGUCAAGACUUACAAGAGGCCUUGAAACAAGAAGAUCCUGACUACAAGCAGCCGAUGCAAUCGAGCAAGAAAGGGAAAAUUGUUACUUUUAUGAGAAAAAAUGGAAUGGACGAGCUAACUCUCGGUAACAUCGUAAAUUCAGUUGCAAAGAGCAUCGCUUUGCCUACUAGCAAGGGUAGCAUUAAUGCCAUGGUUAGUACACCAGAUGGUAGAAUGGCAGUGGGACAUUUGACAGGUGGCGUGGAGAUCGUCUCUGCUGAUGGUCAGAUCCAGCAGACAGUUCUCAAACAUGUGUGGAUUUGUGGAAUAGGGAUUCUCUCUGAUGGUCGGUAUGUUAUACUUGAUGGCCCCACAAAUAUCAAACUGUACACACUAGAGUACACGAAGUUAAAUGUAGUGUUUGAGUCUUUGAGUGUCGAUGAAGGUGAAUUUGCUACCCUCACUGUGGACGCUGAUGAUCAGAUCUAUGUUAGCUACUGCAAAACCCAGAAGAUCCAGGUAUUCUCACCAGCAGGGGGGCAGGCGGUCAGGGUGAUACCAUGUGUUGGGUAUGUUCCUUUAAAAAUUACUAAUUAUAAUGAUAACCUGAUCAUCGCAUCUGGUGAUACAAUACGAUUGAUUGACAAACAAGGUGUUGUAAAAUAUGAAUCAGCGAAAUUAGGGUUUUUUCUAUUCGCCGCUGUGUCUCAAUGGAAUACAAUCCUGAUAGCCAAUGUGAAGCACGAUCUAGGUUUGGUCAGCAUUGAUGAGUACACUAACGAGCUGAAGCAUGUCCAGAACCUCGUCAAUGAUUACAAGAUUGAGAAGCCCGAGCUAAGUUGGUAUUCUCUCCAUCAGUACCGAUCAGGAGAGAUCGCUCUCUGCACUCCUGAUAUACUAUAUAUAUUCCAUUGA